AUGGAUAUUGAUUUCGAACCGUUAUCAUCAAUAGCCGGUAUGUCAAGUUUAGAUGAAGAUCUAAUGGAAAGAUUACGUUCAAUAACAACUUGUAAUCGUGAAGAUUUAAUUGCACAAUUUCGUUCGACAACAAAUGCUAUGUUAACAGAUGAUGGUUGUAGAUUUUUUCUUGACAUGAGUAAUUGGAAUUUAAAUGAAGCUAUACUUGCUUAUUAUGAUGCUGAAAUGCCAACAGAUAAAAUUCCUCAAAUGCGAUUUAUUGCUGAUGUUACUGUUGGAGAAGGUGAAGCUAUUCCACCUAAUACACGAUUUAUUAAAACUUGGCGAGUUGAAAAUUCUGGUAAUGAACGAUGGCCAAAUAAUUGUUCAUUACGUUUUGUUAAUGGUGAUCGUUUACAAGAUCAAGAUGAAAUCUAUGUUAAUUCAUUAGCACCUGGUGAACAAACAAAUAUUUCAGUUAAUAUAACAAGUUCAAAUGUAUUACGUAUAAUUAGAUCACAAUGGCGAUUAUUUACAUCAGCUGGUGUACCAUUCGGAGAUCCUAUUUGGUUAAUUGCCAGUGUUGAAGAAGGAGGAAUAAUGGGUAUUACACAACAACUUGAACAAUGUCAUUCACUUGGUAUGAAUAUUAAUUAUCCAUCAUAUAUCAAUAAUUCAAUGAGUAUACAAUCAUCGUCUCUAAAUCCAUUGCAAUCUACUCGAUAUGUCGCAUCUAGUUCAAAUCCAAAUAUACCAAAUGGAACAGAAUGGAUCAAUUAUUCACUUGAAUAUUCUCAAACAAAUAAUAUCAAUCAUCCAUCAUUAGACCCUUCAGCAUCAUCAAAUGGAAGAAUAGAUGAUAAUGCUUUUGAUACAUUUUAA